AGGUAUCGCCUUAUAUUAUAAUCUGUGCUCUAUAUGUACUUGUGAUAGCUGAUAAACAAAAACAUUUUAUUUUAUCAGUGCUAGACAAUUCUAUCGAAACAUUUCCAUAUAUAAUUUUAAAUCUCUUUGGCUAGAUAUUAUUAAGCAUUUUGAAAAAAUGUCUCACGAUAAGAGCGUUUUUAAAAAAAUUAUUCACCCUGGAAAGAAGUAUAUACCUAUAGCAAAUGGCAGCAAGGUAUAUUUCCACUUCCAAACAUGGAAAAUGGGCAAAGAAAGAGUACUCCUAGAUGACAGCAGAAAGAUUGGCAAAAAGGAACCCAUGGUUUUGGUUACUGGUCACAAAUUUAAAUUGGAGGUGUGGGAGACAAUAGUAAAAUUGAUGGCCGUAGGCGAGGUCGCCAGCUUUGAAGUGAAGAAAGAGCUUCUAUAUAGUUACCCAUAUGUGUCCAAAACUUUGCGAGAGAUGGGCCGCCAGCAACUUAGAGCCCAACACAGCUGUACAAUGACACUGCACACGGAGGGCAUUGGGCACAGAGAUCUGGACGAGUUAAUCGCAAGACCUUGUGACUUGGAGUUUAUCAUAGAAGUACUAAAGGUGGAGGGAUCUGACGAAUAUGAAAAAGAGUUAUGGCAGUUGAAUAUCAAAGAGAGGUUAGAACUAAUACCAAAACUCAGGGAGAAAGGUAAUAAACAAUAUGGCGAGAAAGAUUAUAUUGGAGCAGAAGAAGCUUAUUCCCAAGCAGUGGCCAUUUGUGAUCAACUUAUGAUUAGGGAGAGGAAGGGUGAUGACGAAUGGGUUGAAUUGAAUAAAAUGAAAUUGCCAAUAUUACUUAAUUAUGCUCAAUGCAAACUAAUGUUUGGAGAGUAUUAUGAUGUCAUACAAUUUUGUACCACUGUAUUGGAAUAUGAUAAAGAUAAUGAGAAAGCUUUAUUCAGAAGGGCAAAGGGACACAAAGGCGCCUGGAACCCAGACCGAGCUGAGGAAGAUUUAAAAAGACUUAAGUCCCUCAACCCAUCUUUGGCGCGUAUAGUGGAUAAAGAACUAGACGAUAUAAAAAGACUGAAAAAAGAAAAAGAAGAUAAAGAUAAAGACGCAUUAAAAAAAAUGUUUAACAGUACCAAUGGAGCUUCAUAAGAUUUGACAUAAAAUAUAUAUAAAAAUCAGUACCUAAUGGACAUGAGAACAAAAUUAUCUCUUCCAUGCCUUUACUUUAAUCUUAUUACCUAACAUAUUCAAUCUAUUGUGUAUUAAUACUAUGGCUAUUUAAAUCGGGGGCAUAAAUAAAUGUGGACCAACGAAUUUAUGAAGUAAUCUAGAAUAUGGAGACAGUAUAAUAUACUUUCUUACAUUAAAAAUAAUUAUAAAGUUAUUAUAAUUUGCAUCUUUUGUAAUUUUAUAUUGGGUACUGAUAAUUCACUAAUCUGCAGUAUAAAUGCUUUAUUUAAUGUUUAGAACUCAUUCUUAAAGAAUAUGAGUUGUGACAAACUUUUGUACCUACUAUGUGAUCUAUACUAUGCUGUGUAUAUCAGAAAAAUAUCUUUUAACUACUUAAGCUAGUGUCUUUUAUACCAAAAAUUUCAACAUUUACUUGUGUAGUUGUAAUUAUUUAUUAUAAACUAAUAAAUAAAAGUGUUAGUCGCUA